AUGGAAGAAGAAGUUGCUGCCCUCGUUAUCGACAAUGGUUCCGGUAUGUGCAAGGCCGGUUUCGCCGGUGAUGACGCUCCCCGAGCUGUUUUCCGUGAGUACCCCACUUCUGCUCCCUUUCCCACGCAACUGCCCGCCAGAGCUAUACGUUUUGGGGCUAUUGGGCAUUUGCGCGCCGCCACCGCACGCUUUGCUUGA